AUGAAUGAACCACGCUUAGAACCGGGCGUAAGACGGGGGCAUGUGCUUGUUAUCCAAGUGGGGAGUUUGUGUGUUUGCGACGGCAGAAAUCUGAACAUUUUGCGGCAUUGUCAAACAGUGUAUAUAGAUGGAACUUUUCGUGUAUGCCCGAGGCCCUAUACGCAAUUGCUGGUUAUUGUUGGCAAUUUCCAUGGGUAUGGGCUGCCACUAGUCCAUGCCUUGAUAGGCCAAAGGACCGUGGGUCACUAUAGACAAGUGCUUCAAGCGGUGUGCAGAAGGACGAGGGAACUUACCCACCACAGAUGGAGACCAACAUUGGUUGUGACAGACUUUGAAAUAGGCUUGCAGAAUGCAGUCCAAACGGAAAUCCCAACUGCAGACGUACGGGGGUGUUAUUUUCAUUUUUCCCAGGCUCUCUGGAGGAAGAUCCAGGAGAUUGGCCUUUCAAAUGCGUACAUAAACAAUGACCGAGUGAAGGCUCUCGUUCGGAAGGUAAUGGCGCUUGGCUACCUGCCACUCCCUUUGGUGCGCCUGAAUUAUAAUCUCCUUCUGCAGGAAAGGGGCACUCGGCGCCAAAUGAGGAGGACCCCUGCUUUACAAGAAUUUUUACAGUGCGUGUCACUCACGUAUGUAGAUCGAGGAGCUACGUUCAACAUUCCUUCGUGGAACGUAUUCAAGAGAGGGAUGGAGCAGAGGACCAACAACAUAGUGGAAUCAAUCCAUCGUGCCUUCAGUGGGGCCGUACAGGUGAGGCAUCACAUGUUCUGGAACUUUCUCAGACAUCUGAAAGACCAACAAGCAAUCACAGAACAACGGAUCACAGCUGCUCGAAAUGGUAAUGCGCCACCGCCACGCAAUAGAAAGUGGAGGGAUUUGUAGCGAAGAGUUGUCAACCUGAAGAACCAAUACAACAACGGGGCGCGUAACCUUGAUGACAAUUGGAUGGCCGUGGCUCACUCUGCUUGGGACCCUUGAUAGAACUGAAGCCCAGAUAUUUAACUGUAUUGCAUAGUAAUUUACGUUAUCUUAUAUUACAUUUGUUAAAAAAACAUUUCAUGUUUUUCAUCAGAGAAAAAUUUAACGAUACCUCACUAGAGAGUGUUUUUAUGGUAAAAACAAAUGGACAUUUUCACAAGAGUGAUUUUAUGUGUUACAUUGUUUUUCUGUUUGUUAUUAGUAUAUUACAUUUGUUACAAAAGACAGAACUUGAUGUUUUCCAUGAGAUUGGAAGUAGACGAUAUUUAACUGCAAAGGUUUUUUUUUGGUUUGUUUGUUUUUGGUAAAAACAAAUGGAAAUUUUCUCACGAGUGUAUCUACUUUUUGUAUAGUACGUUUUGCUUCGUUUUAUUGAAUUUGUUACCAGGGACAGCGUUUUUGAUGUUUUUCAUCAGAUUACAAGUUAAACUGUUUUAGAAUAUUUCAACAUGUUCAA